UUUAGAUAAAUAGUGGUGCAGCAUCGAGAUUGGCUUUUAAGUUUGUGAUCUCUGUGCGCGCAUCGUCAUCGAAAUAAAUAAUAUAAAUUUUAUCUCAUCUUCCUUUGUAAAGCUACUUAACUUUAAAAAAAUUCAAAAAUUCAAAAUGUGGACCUCAAUAAUAAUCCUUACAGUGUUUCAAGUAAUUCUAGCCGCUAAUAACGAUAUCCCUGAAUAUAUUAAACCAUGCAAAAGAAAUGACCCAGACAUCGUGACUUGUUUUAAGGGUUCACUGGAGCACUUAAGGCCGUACUUAAAAAAUGGAAUUCCUGAAAUCGAACUACCGUCCGUGGAACCAUUUAAAAUGAACUCAUUGUCUCUACAAUUAACCGAUGGACCACAAGGCUAUAAGAUCACCUUGAAGAAUAUGGAAGUAUUUGGUGCGAGUGAUUUUCAAGUUAAAUCCAUGAAGUUAAGCGAAAAUGGUGAACCCUUCGAGGCAAAAAUUGCUAUGCCAAAAUUAAGAAUUGAAGCUAAAUAUACCAGUUCUGGAGUUUUGCUUAUAAUUCCAGCUUCAGGAGGUGGAGAAUUCCAUUCUGUAUUUGAUGGAGUCCUUGCCAAGUUAACUGGUAAAGUUUCAACAAACGAAAAGCCCGGUGGCACUUACCUUCAUGUCGAUGCACUUAAUAUUGAACUUGAUGUCAAGAAUAUCGAAAUGAGUAUAUCAAGGGCUUUCAAUAAUAAUCGCAUCUUAACCGAAGCAACAAACCUGUUUCUCCGUGAUAAUGGACGAUUGGUAGUUGAUGCUAUGCGACCACAAUUACAAAAGAAACUGGCCCAUGAAUUCGGUCAAUUGGCCAAUCAAUUAUUGAAACACGUCCCCAGAGAGAUGUUCUACAUUGAUUAGAUCUGAGACGUUAUUAAUUCUACUCAAUUUAAACUUUAAAGGAUGUAAGAUAUAUGUAUACAGUAAAGAUCAGCAUUAAUUUAGUAAGAAUAAGAAUCAUUUUUUAAACAUUUUUGUAUGUAAAAGUUCAUGGACCAAGAAGAUACAAUGUAUCCACACCCCACUAAAAUUACUCAUUGAGGUAUUCAGGAUUAUAAUAGUUUUAUAAAAGUUUAUACCUAUUCUUUUUUUUGUAAAUAUUUGUUUUAAGUUUCUAAGACUUAGUUUUAAGUUUAAAUUAUACUUUUGAAGUGUGUCGAAUAAAUUUUUAAGUUACAAAA